GUCAGGAAGUGACUCGAGCUAACGGUUAGCUGCGUGCCCGGAGCGCCUGCUGCGUUCAGGGACCAUCGUACAUAUGGAUGAUAGUCGUUAACUCUGCGUCUGUCGUUCGUGGUUUUACAAGAUGUCCGGCAUAUGUUCACGUCCCAAGAUUUAAUUGGCAGUAUAAAAAUGACACGGUGCACAAUAAGAAAUGAUAACUCAAUAACUAAAUAGAUUGGUUGUAUGAAUAGCGGAAACGUUCAAUUGUAACUAUCUGUAACAAACGGUUGUGUUUUGUUCUGUUUUCAUUAAGUCCGUCUAUGUAGAUCUACUACAUGUAAACGUAGAUGUGGGUGCAGUUAUUAAUGAAUUAAUGACACAGUCCCAUUUUGUGAAACGACCGUCAAAAGUUCAACAAACAUCUAUGUUAUAUUUCUAAUCAAUUAGAAUUGUGUCUUCAUAACUAGCGAAGGGUGGUUUUAGAGCGGCAUGUGAAUGCAACGGUUAAGCUUAACGUUAUGGGACGUCUGAGAAUGGUGUCAUCUUUCUUUUGUUUUUUUUGCUCCCAGAGUCGCAUCAAAAAGAUCAUGCAGAAGGAUCCCGAGGUGGGGAGGAUCGCCACGGCGGUUCCUGUGAUCAUCUCUCGAGCUGUGGAAAUGUUCCUGAAGUCUCUGCUCACCGAAGUCUGCGCCAUCACCCGGUCGAAGCGCAGCGCCGCCGUGUCCGUCGCUCACAUAAAGCAGUGCGUCGAGUCUGAGAAGCUCUUCCACUUCCUGAAGGAGCUGGUGGAGCGAUCUCCGUGUCCAGCGGGCCGCAGGGAGGACGCCGCGAUGAGCAUGUGGCCGAUGUUCAGGACCAAACGGCACGAAGUCCCCGCUCAGAAACCCGACGCGGUAGAAUCGCUGGACACCGACUCCGACGUACGUGUCUGCUCCUGGAGACGUUCGCUGUUGCUCAGAGGCACUCGGGCAGCCGCUUGCGUGGUUGUGCUAAAACAGUUCGGGUUACAGCAGCGCCCCCACGAGGCUGUGAUGCGCAGUACAGCUGUUGGCCCAUGUGGGUUUAAUGGUUUAUUCUUUAGUAAGCGGUCGGUGGUGAAGAUUUGUUGUUUGUUUCUUCCAGGAGUCGGAGCUCUUCAUCUGCUUAUGAGGAUCGGACUUCCUUUCAUCACUUCCGUUUCAGUGAUUAUCUUUAUUUAAACUUUGACGUUCCCGGGCAACAUAUUUACUUAUUAGAAUAAAUGAAACAUUUAAGUUAUUUGAUAUUUUAGACCUUUGGCUGCUUUGAUUUAACUUAUGAAAAUAUUUAGUUUUGAAGCCUAUUCCCUUUUUGUUUGUAUCAGAUUAGUUGAUGAAGACAUUUCACCGUGUAAGUUUAAAUUAUGCACUUUAAAUAAGUUAUUUUCCUUAAAGCUUUGUUAAUGAGUUGACUAACAUUCUCUUGUCAGAUUUAGAUUUUCACUUUUUAUGCAGCAGCAUUUAAAACUAAAUUAAGUUCACAACGUUUUAUACUCAAAGCACUUGUAAAUUAACUUUUUAAAGACGGUAAAACUGCACAUGAAAUGUAAUCGAACUGUAGAUAAUUUCAACAUCUGUGAUUUAAUGGGAAGAAGUAGAAAGGUCACAUGAAUUAAAAACAACAACCAAGAGCUUA